AAGGAUUUGAUUAAUAAUUUGUUUAGGAAAGUAUACAAGUUAUGUUAAACACAAAAGAAAAGGCAAAAUCUAUGAUUCUCCUCUGCUCAAAAUAAAAAUACACACUAAAAUUAUCAAAUGUUAUCCAAAAGAAAUUUGUAAUACUCUUUCCAGCACCUCAUAUUUUUAGUUUACGGAAAGCUAAAGGACAGAAUAAGAUCCAAGAACGAAGAAGAAUAAAAACAAAAAAUCCAGUCUUGAAAGGCCAUUAUUUUAUUGCCACUUAUCAUCCCUUCCAACCAGACUAUCAAGGAUGGCUCUAAAAAAUUGUUUCCAGUUGACCUCAGUUUGCAACACCAGAGCUAGUGUGCUUCAAAGCUACCAUCAUCAUCAUGUUUCUUCUGUUGACAAGAUCCAUUUCCAGACAUUUAAAGGGUUGAAAUUGAAUAAACCCAAUUUAUCAUUCACUGCUGGUAGAUGCCAAAAAUCCAGGCUUAUAUGCAAAGCCAGUGAGGCUGUUGCUCAAGUUGAAGUGGUGACAGAAGCAGACUGGGAAGAGCUUGUGGUUGGCAGUAAGACACCAGUUUUAGUGGAUUUUUGGGCACCAUGGUGCGGACCCUGUCGGGUGAUUGAACCAGUUAUAGCUGAAUUAGCCAAAGAAUAUGCUGGGAAGAUUGUUUGUUACAAGCUCAACACUGAUGACAGCCCAAAUAUUGCCACAAAAUUCGGUAUCAGGAGCAUCCCAACCGUGCUGUUCUUCAAAAAUGGAGAGAAGAAAGAGAGUAUCAUUGGUGCAGUGCCAAAAUCUACCUUGGCUGCUACUAUUGACAAAUAUGUUGAUGGCUGAACAUGAAACGAUAUCAAAGUUUCACGUUCAUGCCAUACCAUGCCAGUUCUUUAUGUAUCAUUCAUUCACAAUGACAUAUCUAUGAAUUUUCCUCUUUUAAA